CAUGAACAAAAAGAAUAUAUAUAACCCCCAAACCCCAAACAAGCAAGAGUAGCGUCUAAGAUUCAAGAAAAACCAAAGCGUACGUGGCAAGAAAUUCAAUCCAAUCCCGCGUAACCUUUCUCUUUCCUUUCAAUUUCAAUCUAAGAAAAAGGAAUUAUUAAACCAUUUUUCCAAAUCCAAAGUUUCAAACUCUAAUUUGAACUCGUCAAUUUUCCUUAUCAGUAGACAAAAAAGCGGUUUCAGUUCUUGACUCUGUCAAACAAAACAACAGGGAUUUUCGAAAUGUUAGGAGAUUUCAUUACUCGCUGUCUUAUAUUGCUUCUUGGAUAUGCAUAUCCUGGAUUUGAAUGCUAUAAAACAGUAGAGAGAAACAAGGUUGAAAUGGAUGAACUUCGAUUCUGGUGUCAAUAUUGGAUCAUUGUGGCUUUUUUCACAGUACUGGAAAAGUUUGCUGAUGUGGUUAUUGGAUGGUUGCCUUUGUAUGGAGAAUUGAAGCUUGCACUUUUUAUAUACAUGUGGUAUCCCAAAACUAAGGGGACAGGAUAUGUUUAUAAUAAAGUGUUGAGACCAUAUGUAUCUAAGAAUGAAAUUGAUUUUGACAAGUUGUUUCAAGAGUGGAGAGUUAGGGCAUGGGAUUUGGCAAUUUUUUACUGGCAAAAUUGCACUGAGUUGGGGCAGACUGCAUUUUUUCAAGUUUUUGAUCACUUGGCUGCUCAGUCCAAGAAACUUUCAAGCAAAACCUCCAAGAAGAAAAAAGAUGUUCCUGUUCCUAGUGCCCCACCAUUGCCUGAAAUAAGAUCAGCUUUGUUUGAAUUUCAACAAAAUGAUUUCUUUGGCCGCAAGAACAAGUAAGAAUCUCCAAAGCCCAACUAACCCAAUCAAUACAAUGAUCAAGCCCAAUGGUGAAGCCCAUUAAGCCCACUUCAUGUUGAAAAUGUAACAUUUUUGUACAUAUACUCACAUUAAGCCCAGCAAAAAAAACACCAUUGUUGACUAUUUUACCAUAGUUGAUACUUUCUACAUGUAAAUAAAUUGUAACAUAAUAUAACAUUGUGCUGCUGAAGACUGUUUUGUCUUUUGUGAUCAAA